ACAGCACUCAGAGGGAUAUAACUUUCCUCUUAGUGAGCUCUUCUGCUCCGGAUCUCUCUGCCUCAUCCUGUUCUUUCUCUUUCUGAACCUCACCCCUCAAAGACGACAACAGCCAUGAGUGUGAAACGUACCACAUACAGCACCAGUGCUGGAAGCUUUAGUGGCGGCAGCAGUAGCGGCGGCGGUGGCGGCUUUGGUGGUGGCAGCUUUGGUGGUGGCAGCGGCUUUGGUGGAGGUAUCAGAAAGAGCUUCUCCAGCAUGUCUGCCAGCGCAGCACCCAUGGGCAGCAGGAUAAGCACUGUGUCAAUUAACCGCUCCGGAGGUGGUGGCGGCGGUGGCUUCCGGUUUAGCCAAUCUGGAUCCGGAGGUGGCUUCGGCUACGGCCUUGGUGGUGGCGGCGGUGGCUUUGGAGGAGGUGCUGGCGCAGGUUUUGGCGGAGGUGCUGGCGCAGGUUUUGGCGGAGGUUAUGGCGGAGGUUAUGGCGGAGGUUUUGGCGGAGGUUUUGGCGGAGGUGCCGGAGGGUUUGCAGCACCCAUCACAGCUGUCACAGUGAACCAGAGCCUCCUAGCACCACUGAACCUGGAGAUCGACCCCAAUAUCCAGGUUGUCCGCACGCAGGAGAAAGAGCAGAUCAAGACCCUCAACAAUCGCUUUGCUUCCUUCAUUGACAAGGUGCGCUUCCUGGAGCAGCAGAACAAAGUGCUCGAGACAAAAUGGAGUCUACUGCAGGACCAGACCACCACCCGCUCCAACAUUGAUGCCAUGUUCGAGGCCUAUAUCGCUAACCUGCGCAGACAGCUUGACGGACUUGGUAAUGAGAAGAUGAAGCUAGAUGGAGAGCUGAAGAACAUGCAGAAUUUGGUUGAGGACUUCAAGAACAAAUAUGAAGAUGAAAUCAACAAGCGUGCCGCAGUGGAAAAUGAAUUUGUCCUGCUAAAGAAGGAUGUUGAUGCCGCCUACAUGAACAAGGUUGAGCUUGAGGCCAAGGUUGAUGCUCUUCAAGACGAAAUCAACUUCCUUCGGGCCAUCUAUGAGGAGGAGUUGCGUGAACUCCAGGGACAGAUCAAAGACACAUCAGUCAUUGUGGAAAUGGACAACAGUCGCAACUUGGACAUGGACUCCAUUGUUGCCGAGGUCCGUGCUCAGUAUGAGGACAUUGCUAACCGCAGCCGUGCUGAGGCCGAGACAUGGUACAAACAGAAGUUCGAAGAGAUGCAGUCAUCUGCUGGCAAGUAUGGUGACGACCUUCGCAGUACCAAGGCUGAGAUUGCUGAGCUCAACCGCAUGAUCAGUCGACUUCAGAAUGAAAUUGAAUCUGUUAAGGGACAACGUGCCAACCUGGAAGCUCAGAUUGCUGAGGCUGAGGAGCGUGGAGAACUAGCAGUGAAGGAUGCCAAGGCCCGCAUUAAGGAUCUGGAGGAAGCCCUUCAAAGAGCCAAGCAGGAUAUGGCGCGCCAGGUGCGAGAGUACCAGGAGCUCAUGAAUGUCAAACUGGCCUUGGACAUUGAGAUUGCCACCUACAGGAAGCUUCUGGAAGGAGAAGAAACCAGGAUUGCUGGUGGUGGUAGCUCCGCAACCAUCCACAUCCAGCAGACAUCAAGUUCAUCUGGUGGUGGCGGUGGUGGAUACGGCAUGGGCAUGGGCGGCGGCGGCGGCGGCGGCGGCAUGGGAUUGGGAAUGGGAAUGGGAGGUGGCGGCGGAUUCGGAUACGGUGGUGGUUCAGGGUUUUCUAUGGGCGGAGGCUCCGGCAUGAGCUUUAGUGGUGGUAGUAGUGGUGGUGGUGGUGGUGGUGGCAGCCAAAUCUCAGUGUCCCGCUCCUCCAUGCAAUCCAGCCGCCGCUACUAAGCAAAACACGUCCAACCAUUUCCCUCCGCCCCUACAUCAUCCAUCACCUGGACAAGAAGCUUUAAUCUCAAUGCACUCCUUUCUUUUCAUUCCAUGGUUCAAUAUGAUCACAGUGCUUGAGCAUUUCCUUACCUUUUUGAUGCAUUUACCCACCGUGCCCAAAAGAGACAAUCAACUGGGAGAGUGUUCCAUGCCUGCAGAACAGCUUUACGCAUUCACUGUGUUUUCUUUGUUUCUUGUUGUUUCAUUCUGGCAUCACACCUCCUCUGGCUCCAAACCUGUCCUUUAGGGAGACACACAAGAAGAAAGCAGCUUAUGAGAGACAAGUAGCAAGGAACUCAAGUGUGCUUUUCAGAAUGAAUAGCUUUUGUUGCACUAUGUCAUGGCAUGCAAGUAUUAAGUGCACACAACAUGGAUAUAUGUGUUUUGAAAGUAGUUCAAAAUUCUGCAGCACUAAAACUAGCUUUGUCAAUGUUUUCUGAUGCAUUUAGAGGAAAAUACCCAUAGGGUAACAAAAGCUACUCAUUUGAAAUGCUACUGCCCUCAAAGAGGAGUAUCUGUGUGGCAGACCUCAGUUAUUCUCCAACUUUUUCCUGAUUUGGGGAUGAUGGGCUGUACCAAGAGCUGUUUUUUAUGUCACAAAAUUCUUGUAUUCAUCAAACCUGAUUUAAUGUCAAAUGCCAUGUACCACAUUAAAACAGCAAUAAAUCAAGGUUAUAUACAAUCA